AUGUCGAAUGCGGAUCCGUGCGCACAACUCAGCCUCCCGACCGCCUUCGAGGCCCAGAACAGCGAUGUUCACAUCCAGGGCCCUCGUUGCCCGCAAUGCUGGAUUCAGUUGGAGAAAACUGGUACCGCGGUUGGCGGUUUUCGCUGUCCGCUGGACCCGUCUCAUGAUGUCUCAGAUCCUCUGCGGGACUUCUCGCCCCAGCUGCCUGCAAGGCCUCCGACCGUGGUCUUGGAAGCCUUGGAUGCUUGUGCUUCUCCAAAGAAAGAGAAGCCGGAGCCCAGAAUGGACGACUGGAUCGGAGAGCUUGGUCUGCCCAUCACCCUGUCGGCAUGGCUUCGGGAUGUUGAUGGUCAAGGCUUCCUGAGCACAUACCAGGCGCUGGAUGUACUGGCCAGCCACUUCGACUCCCCACAGCAGCUCUUGGAUGUGUACCUGACCCACGGACCUGAUAAGAAAGCUUGCUUCGACCCAGCAUUCUUCCAACAAAUGGGCAUUCGAAAAUUGGGGCAUCGUCGGCUUUUUCAGAGGUGGCUGGAGCGAAAAGCCUUGCGCAUGACUAGCCGCAUGGAUGUUUCGGAGAAGUUGCAAAGGGAGGAACUGGGCCUAUCGCCUUGGGGACUGGAAGAGCUCGUGGAGCAGGGUGCCGAGGCAGCUGAAGAAGCCCGGAGGCGCGAGCCACUAAGCCUGCGUGGGCAAGUCUUCCCACUGCCGCCCCGCAAGCGCAGCACAGAGUACUCGGCAUCGCUUCGGCAGAUGCGUGCGCAUUCAGAAAAGUGUGUAAGCAUUUAG